GCUGGAAAGACCCAGAACUUGUAGAUCAUGAUCAGCAUACAAGCUAUAGAUCACUGUUUCCUUGAGGAAUGGAACAAGCCAUUAUAAGGAUGGGAAUCGUAUCAAGGAUCUAGAGAGGGUGGAUAGACUAUUUUAGUGGAUCUGUUAGCCGUUCUGACCUCUGGUGAAGUUCUCUGAGUUGUACCAGCAUGUCAAAGGGGGCAACGAACAUUAAGGAUGUAGCCACCUUAGGCUCACUGAUAGAAGCAGCCCGGGAUGGAAACGUGGAAGACGUGAAACGUUUACUGAAGGCUGGUGCAGAAGUGAACCAGACUGAUGAGGAUGGGGUCACCCCACUGAUCAUAGCAGCCCUGAAAGGACAUGUAAACCUUGUGCAGCAGCUGCUGAAGGCUGGAGCAGAAGUGAACAAAGCGGAGCAGAAUGGAUUUACUUCGCUUUUCAUGGCAGCCCAGAACGGACGUGUAGAUGUUGUACAGCAGCUACUGAAGGCUGGAGCAAAGGUUGACAAGUCUGAAAAAAGUGGAGCCACUCCCCUGUACACAGCAGCCCAGAAUAGACAUGUGGAAGUUGUGAAGCAGCUGCUGAAGGCCAGAGCAGACUUGAACAAGGCUAGACAGGACGGUACAACUCCAUUGUACUUAGCAGCCCAGAAGGGACAUGUACAAAUUGUGCAGCAGUUGGUGAAGGCUGGAGCAGACGUGAACAAGGCUAGAGAGACCGGAGUCAUUCCACUUUACAUAGCAGCCUCACAUGGACAUGUAAAAGUGGUGCAGGAGCUUCUAAAGGCUGGAGCAGAAGUGAACAAGGCUAAGCAGGAUGGCUUGACUCCACUGUACAUAGCAACAAAAAAUGGACAUGAGGAAGUUGUUAAGCAGCUGCUGAAGGCUGGAGCAGAAGUGGACACGGCUACUAAGAACGGAGACAGUCCACUGUUGAUGACAGCCCAGAUUGGACAUUUAAAAAUUUUGCAGCAGCUGCUGAAGGCUGGAGCAGAAGUGAACAAGGCUCAUCUGUUCGGAGCCACUCCGCUAUUUGCAGCAGUCCAGAAUGGACACAUGGAAGUUGUGCAAGAGCUGCUGAAGGCUGGAGCAGAAGUGGACAAUGCUAGAGCGGAUGGAUUCACUCCUUUAUGCAUGGCAGCCUGGAUUGGACAUUUGAAAGUUGUACAGAAGAUGUUGGAGGCUGGAGCAGAGGUGGACAAGCCUGGUCAGCAGAACGGAACCGCCGGCCCAUUGUAUGCAGCAGCACAGGUGGGACAUGUGAACGUUGUGCAGCAUCUUCUGAAGGCUGGAGCAAGAGUGGAUAAUACCGAUCAGGAGGGAAUCACAGAAUUGUCCAUAGCAGCCCAGAAUGGACAUGUAGAAGUUGUGCAGCAGCUGCUGAAGGCUGGAGCAGACGUCAACAAGGCUAGACAGGACGGAGCCACACCACUGUUAAUGGCAUCCCAGAAUGGGCAUGUGAAAGUUGUACAGCAGCUGCUGAAGGCCGGAGCAGAAGUGGAUAAAGCAACGCAGAACGGAGCCACCGCACUGUUGGUAGCAGCCAAGAAGGGGCAUAUGAAAAUUGUGCAGCAGCUGAUGAAGGAUGGAGCAGAAGUAGAAUAUACUAAUCAGGACGGGUGCACAUCGUUGAACCUGGCAGCCCAGGAGGGACGUGUGGGAGUUGUGCAGCAGCUGCUGAAGGCUGGAGCAGAAGUGAACAAGGCUAGGCAGGGCGGAUACACCCCAUUGUUCAUGGCAGCCCAGAAUGGACAUGUGGAAGUUGUGCAGCAACUACUGAAGACUGGGGCAGAAGUGGAUAAAGCUGAUGAGACUGGGACCACUCCACUGUACAUAGCAGCCGUAAAGGGACACGUGAAAGUUGUGCAGCAUCUGCUGAAUGUUGGGGCAAAAGUGGACAAGGCUAAUCAGGAUGGACUCACACUGUACUCAGCAGCUCAAGAGGGACAUGUGGAAAAUGUGCAGCAGCUUCCCAAGUCUGGAGCAGAAGUGGACAAGUUUCAAAAGAUCGGAGCCACUCCACUAGCCGCGGCAUCCUGGAAUGGACAUGUGGAAGUUGUACAGCAGCUGCUGAAGGCUGGAGCAGAAGUGGACAAGAUUACUGAUGAAAUCGGGGCCACUCCACUGUACAUAGCAGCCCACAAUGGACAUGUAAAAGUUGUACAGCAGCUGCUGAAGGCUGGGGCAGAAGUGGAUAAAGCCAAGCAGGGCGGAGUCACCCCAUUGUUUAUAGCAGCCCAGAAUGGACAUGUGGAAGUUGUGCAGCAGCUGCUGAAGGCUGGAGCAGAAGUAAACAAGGCUGAUGAGUACGGAGCCACCUCGUUGGUGAUAGCAGCCCAUAAUGGACAUAUUCAGGUUGUACAGCUGCUGCUUAAGACUGGAGCAGAAGUGGACAAGGCUAUACUGGUCGGAGCUACCUCGCUGCACGUAGCGGCCCAGAAUGGACAUGUGGAAGUUGUGCAGCAGCUGCUGAAGGCUGGAGCAGAAGUAGACAAGGCUGAUCAAAGGGGAAUAGCCCCGCUGUACAUGGCAUCCCAGAAUGGACAUGUAGCAGUCGUACAGCAGCUGCUGGAGGCUGGAGCGGAAGUGGACAAGGCUGAUGAGAGGGGAAUAGCCCCACUGUACCUGGCCUCCCAGAAUGGACAUGUGGAAGUUGUGCAGCAGUUGCUGAAGGCUGGAGCAGACGUGGACAAAGUCAUGCAGUUUGGACUCACAUCACUGUUCAUCGCAGCCCAGCAAGGUCAUGCGGAAGUUCUUCAACAGCUACUAAAUGCUGGAGCUAAAGCAGAGAUGAGUCUGCAGGGAGCUCACGAUAAAAUGAGUUAUGCAGGUUUAACGGCUCUACAUACAGUCUGCAUGAAUGGUCACUUUGAAGCUGCUCGCGUCCUGAUCUUGAACAAGAAAGGUGCCAUCAACCAGAAGGCAAUGCUGAACAUCUUUGAAUUCACGGAAGAGUACACAGAUGUAACCCCACUCCAUAUCGCAGCGGCGUUAAGCCACCUGAACAUCGUGAAUCUCCUUGUCAGUGCAGGAGCAGACACCGCAUGUACAGGAAUUGUCAAGAAUAAAGAAAGUGGACUAACAAAAGUGCAGAGUUCUUAUGACGUGGCUGUGGACAGAGACCAACACCUUACUGCUUUCACGCUCUGGAGUGCCACUGUUGGGAAGACAGCUAGCAAAGAAGCUGACAAGGAGUUUCCAACAGAACUGUUUGCCAAACAGGCCGCCAUCAAAACAAGGCAACAGGCAGAGAAGGACAUCAUGAGAAGAAUCAUCACAACAAUGCUGAACGAUCAUGUGGGACGACGAUGGCGGGAACUCGGCCGCCGCCUGGGUAUCAUAGAGGUUGACUUGGACGACAUCCAGUACAGGUGCAACAUCAACUUGGGAGGGCUGAAGGAGAUGACUGUGGAGAGUCUGCAGCUGUGGCUGGACAGACAACCGUACUGGCCAAACAUUUUUAACGUGUGGUGGGCACUGCAGGACAUGCAGAUGGCGGAUGUGGCAGAGACCAUACUGAAGACACUCGCCGAUGAGCGAAAUCUUGCUGGCGUAAAAGAUGAGAUUGACGAGAACAAAGACGAGGAUGAAGGGGAGAACGAUGACAGAAACGACGACCAAAACAAAGUGGCAGAAAAGAAACAACAGAUGGGAGUUGUGUCGGAAACAACUUCGUUCUUUGAGAUGGCCAAGGAACUGUUAUCGUCCAUCUCCUCAUCAGUUUCCAAUAUGGUGUCUCGUUGGCUGAGGGACUUCGAAUUCGACGCCUUCGUGUCUGCCAACCAGCGGGACUUCUCCUGGGUGAAUGAGUGGGUUCAGCAGCUCGAGUCUCCACCCCACAACCUGAAGAUCUGUGUCCACCACAGGGACUUCAAGAGCGGCGUGCCGAUCUCACACAACAUCGACUGGGCAGUGGCUAACAGUAGGAAGAUUCUCAUAGUUCUCUCCCAGAACUUUCUGUCCAGUAACUGGUGUAAGGUUGAGCUGAAGGCAGCCGUAGAGAAAGAACUGAGUAGUGACAAGUACUGUGUGCUGCCCAUGUUGAAGGCUGAGUGUGAGAUACCUGAUGAGUUAUCUCACCUGACGUACCUGGACUGUACAGAUGGUACUGUGGAUGUUGCCAAGUUGGCAAGUGACAUCAAAUCCCAAGUGAGGAAGAGGGCAAGCUUAGCCAGUUCACAGUAGGGGAAAGUAUGUACAUAUAUGACUACAGAGAUAGGGAGACUUUAGGACACUAUACUGUAGACAAACUUUCCUGUUGAAGCAUUCUUUAUGGAUUAUAAGACUGAAGCUAACAAAAUGUAAUACAUUGAUGAUAGUUACAAUACUAGUCUGGUGAUACGAAUCAAGAUAUUUUGGCAUCUGACAUUGUUUGUGACGUCUUUUGAUGUGAUAAGAUAUGAAAACAUUAUAACAAAUGCUGUUUGAUUCUGUUUAUAGCAGUUAGCCAAAGUAUUUCUCUGUUCAAUGAUCUUUCCAUUGUCCAAAAAGGAGUUGUCAAAAGUGUGAAGAAUACCAACGUGUGUAAAAAUUCAAUGUCAUGCAAGAUGACGUAAAUAAUCCAUUCACCCAAGUGGGAAGGAUGUUAUGAAAGGUCUAAGCAACUUGUUUUUAUGAGUUGCAUAUUAAUUACAGUUAAUGUAUAUAAAAAAGGAAUGUUGUGGUGAAAUAAGAGAGAAACGAUCGUUUUGUAUUUUGAAUCACAGCUGUUUGCUUUUAGCAAUGCAAUGAAAGUUUGUCUUCUUUUCUUAAGCUUUACUCAAAAUUUCAGUCAUUGAAGAUAUAUUAAAUCAGAUAAAUCUUGGGUUAGUCAAGGACACAAACGUUCCGUUAUCAUGUCAUCAUGUUCAUAUCAAUAGAUGUCUAUAUACUCUUUGUAACCAACGUAUAUCUUUGCCUAGUCAUAUAAUGUUCCUUUUCAAUACAGAAUUAUUUGUAUCAGUUACAAAACAACUGGUCAAUGUGAAGUAUACCGUAAAUCAACAUGAAGUACGCAAAGCAUGUAAAUAGCUAUUACAAUGUGAGAGAUCCAUCUAGGAUAUUACUAAUGUUUAAACAUGAAGAAUAGGUAUCAAUUAAUGAUUUUGCCUUUUUGACGUUAACUUUGUGUUCAGAAUAUUAAUCAUUUCAUGACCUUAUUGUACAGGUAACUUUUCAAUCUAGUUUUAGGUGUUCACCUAUAGCUAAAUCCCAUUGUUAAUUCUUUCGUAACACAGGCUUUUAACGCAAUAAAAGUUGAUCGCUGAAA